GGCACUGCCCCUGGCGCACUCGCCCCGCCGCCGCGGUGGGCCCGUGCGCUGCUUUUGUUGCGGGUUUGGCCUUUCUGAGUUUCUUCGUUAGUUUUUGUAUCCGGCUGAGCGUGCAGCUCAGAGGUGCUCGCUAACGCGUAAUUCAGGUGCAGCAGAAGCCCUGGAAACGCAAAGAGCGAUGCAACUUCCCAGGACUCGUUUUGGAGAAUUAGGAAGCGGGUGUUCCUUAUUAGCUGCGCUGGGUAAGCGGGGGAUGAUUCCGCCCAGCGCGUACACCUAACCGAGACAAGGAGCACUGAUCUGCGGUACGGUGAUAAACACCCGCGCGUUUUGCCGAGGCAGGGCAGGACUUGGUUACUGGUUUCUGCGGCCAGCUGUCGGAGCGUCCCUCCUCCUUUCUCCUGCGCGGUGCCCUCUGGCGGUGGCACUUUGGGGCCGUUCCGAUGAAGUAUCAGUUGAGAAUGGCCAUGUUCUUCUCUCUCUCAAACUUUAUAUCUGCAUCUCAAAAUUUGGAGGAGACUAGUGACUAUCCUGCACAGUUAUGAGAAGACAACCAGCAACCUAAAGCAGCCUGGAAGAGGAGUUCUCUAAGAAAACCAAAAAGCACAAAAUCCUUUAAGACAUCCUUUAAAACAUUUAGAAUUUUAUAAGCUUUUGGCUACCCUGGUCUUCAAAAAAUAAUUAAAAAAUAUGAACCGUUACACAAUCAUGAAGCAACUAGGUGAUGGCACCUAUGGCAGUGUGUUGAUGGGAAAGAGCAACGAGUCAGGAGAACUUGUGGCUAUCAAACGAAUGAAAAGAAAGUUCUAUUCAUGGGAUGAAUGCAUGAAUUUGAGAGAAGUCAAGUCUCUGAAGAAGCUAAAUCAUGCCAAUGUAAUAAAACUGAAAGAAGUCAUACGAGAAAAUGACCACCUUUACUUUGUGUUUGAAUACAUGAAGGAAAAUCUUUAUCAGUUAAUGAAGGACAGAAACAAGUUGUUCCCUGAGUCAGUCAUCAGAAACAUGAUGUAUCAGAUAUUACAAGGGCUAGCUUUUAUCCACAAACACGGAUUUUUUCAUAGAGACAUGAAGCCUGAAAACCUCCUUUGUAUUGGUCCAGAACUUGUAAAAAUAGCUGAUUUUGGUUUGGCUAGAGAGCUAAGAUCUCAGCCACCAUAUACAGAUUAUGUUUCUACCAGGUGGUACCGUGCUCCUGAAGUUUUGCUGAGAUCAUCUGUUUAUAGCUCACCUAUUGAUAUGUGGGCAGUAGGCAGCAUCAUGGCUGAACUAUACACACUAAGACCUCUUUUCCCAGGCACAAGUGAAGUAGAUGAAAUCUUCAAAAUUUGCCAAGUAUUAGGGACUCCAAAGAAGAGUGACUGGCCAGAAGGAUACCACCUUGCUUCUACUAUGAAUUUCCGUUUCCCACAGUGUGUCCCCAUAAGCCUAAAAACUCUUAUCCCAAAUGCAAGCAAUGAAGCCAUACAGCUUAUGACUGAUAUGCUGAACUGGAAUCCAAAGAAGAGACCUACAGCAAGUCAGGCUCUGAAGUAUCCUUACUUUCAAGUUGGCCAAAUGUUAGGACCUCCUCCACAAUACCUGGAGAAGCAGACUCCUAUUAAGCCAGUGCAGCCGACAGAACCAAAGCCAACUUUACCCAAACUGGAAGCAGUAUCCAAGCCAGAACCUCUGUCUUCACCUGAUGUACCUGACCAAAUGCAGCCACAGCCCCUCUCAAAGGUUAACCACCAGCCACUCCAGCAAAUUCAGUUACCUCAGAAUACAGCUAACCAGCAAGUACCAAAACAGCAGCAGCCACAGGCACAACCAUUUUUUCCGACUAUCAGUAAAAACUCAUCACCAAAACAAGCAGCUAGUGGCCCUCAGAAUGGCACAGUAGGUCCUAAAAGCUGCAGGAGGCGAUGGGGUCAGACUUUGGUAAAGGCUAUGGAUAGUUGGGAUGACUUGGACAAUGCUGAAUUUGGAAUGUCGUGUUCAAAGAAACCUAGCAUUGCACUGUUAAAAGAAAAUAAAAACAAGGAAUGCCUUUUUAGCAUUCCAGAACCAAAUGCUUCAUGCUGCAUCCAGCCAGGAGGGGAAAAUAAGGUUUUGAUGAGAAAUGAUUCUGGAAGAUCAAAUACAUCAGCAAAACAGUACUAUCUGAGACAAUCAAGAUAUCUACCUGGUGUAAACCCUAAGAGUAUCUCUUUAGUAACAGUCAAUAAAGAAGGAUCUCAUGGAACCUGGAACAACCAGUUAUUUUCUAAACCACUGGCACAUUUUGGAGAAGGAAUGUCUUUCAACAGAAAUAAUACAGAAGAGAACUUAAUUAUACCAAUUGAAAAACUAUCAUGCAAAGAAAGGUUGAAUGAAAAGUUAGAGGAUCCAAAAGGAAAUCCUGACUUUGUAGGAGGUGCUGCUUACAACCCAUUAGGAGGAUACAUCCCUUCCUUUCAUAAAAAAGAAGUUGGAUCAGCUGGACAACGGAUACAGCUAGCUCCUCUUGGUCCGUCUGUAUCAGACUAUUCCUGGAAAAACAAAGCUGCUCGUGCGUUACCAGGUCCUACUUACAAUUCAGCAGCAAAAAACAUGAAUAUUUUAACUCGUGCACCAACAAUUCAGCCAGUACAUGGAAGAACAGACUGGGUGGCCAAAUAUGGAGGACACAGAUAGAAAAUGCCAUCCUCUGCAGGUAUCAUGUGAGCUGUGUUCAGUUCUCCUGCAAUGGAAACCUGAAUUGCCUACUUGCUCCAACUUUUCUUAAGACUGUUCAAUAGUAAAGAAGGAAAAAAAGACCUUGGGUUCUGUUACCUGUGGAAGAAAAAUAAUUUACAAAAUAUUAUGUAAAAUAUUGUCUAUGUAGUAGGACAUCAUGAAGCAUUGUGUAACAUCUUGCCAAAUCUGAGUAUUUUAAGCUAAUGAGAAGUAGAUUUCACCUGACAUUUCUCUAUAGAUCCACUUCCUGUCAGAAUACUCUUAGAGGAGCAUACUCUUGGUCCGAUGUCUACCACUGACAUACACUGUUUUCACAUACACAAGCAGCUAGAAACAGGGCUAAAUCUGAGCAGCACCAGGCUUCCAGGUGAAAUGCUUGUUCCUUACUAGGCAGGUAAGCGUGAAAGUACAGAGUGGGCUUGGAAGAACACAGUGUCAUACAAGGAUUUCAGAACUCACCUAAGAGGUACUUACGAUCUGUGACAUCUAAAUGUUUAUAGUAGCAAUGACAACUCUGUAUAGUUGGAUAUAAGUUAUCCACUGACAAAUACUAUACAAGGUCUGAAAACCUGGCCCAGGAUUAUACAGCAAGACUGGAAAAUAGCUAAACUACUAUCAAAUGCUACACUUGUUGAGCUGUAGUGAAGCUUAAAAUUAGACUCUACUGUUAAAAUUAAAUUGAUUGUUUUCAGUUGAAGAUCUGUGGAGAUUUACAUCUCCCCUGUCAAAGGUGUGUCACAGCGAUGUUUAAAGGAGCCUGAAUCACUGCAGUCUCAUCAGCUCUUUUAAUGUUGAAUUUGCCAAAAAGGCUUAAGUGAUCCAUAAACUCCUGUUUUUACGUCUUACAGACUUCCCCUUAUUUUAAAGAAGUUGAAUCAGGCUGUUCUUCGAAGAGGUUACUUUCUGCUUUAGCUCUCAAAGGCUAACUUAAGUCCCUGAAAACACACACAAACUUUACUAAUGCAAUACCUCAAUGUAUAUGCUCAUGCCAUACCUUCCCUGGCUUCUAUUUUAAGAAUUACAGUAACAUCCUGCAAAAGACCUUGCAGUGUACAAUAAAUCUUUUUUCACAUGUUGACCUAGGCUAAUUCUGUUAACGGUUGCAUUCAGAAUAGAUACUUUGGACUGUAAUUACAUAAUUAGUAAUUACAUAAACCCUGCCAAUUUCAAGUGCAAAAUUAGUAUGUUCUUUAAAGAUGUACAGCUGUUAAUGAUUACUUUAGGCAUUGUAAAAAGAGAAGUAUUUGUAUGAUUUUUAUAACUACAUACAAGAUUUUAAUUUCUACUGUUGACCUAAUGUGCCAUAAUAUAUGGGCUACAGAACUUAAUGUAUGUCAAUUUCAUCUUAAGCUGUUUUACCAAAAAAUUAUAUGGUUUGUUAUAAAAGCAGCACCUAAACAAAACACUAAUACUGGAAGAAAUGUACAGGGAUAGGAGUAUCUAGUUACUAACACACUAGAAACUUUAAUUCAUUUGCCAUGGGUCUACUCUCAAGUAUUUGUUAUUCCCUUACUGCUAGCAGGCCUUCAUAUGCUAUUUAAAUGUACCUUAAUUUAUCUGUAGAAAUUCUGUUAAUUGUAAAACCAGUGCAUUUAUAAAAAAAAAAACAAAAAACAAGAGAAAUCCAUCACUCGUCUCUAGUACAAGAUGCCAAUGAGUUAGUUACAGUCACAGUCUAGGCAAGCAACUAA